AACACCUCUCUCUGAACAGGAAUAGGAAGUAUGAAGAGUACAGAAGAAAAAAAAAACAAAUCCACAUCUCAACGUGACUGAACUGCAAGCGUAAACCACAAGCGUCUUUUUUACUGGUGCAGGUGCACCUGAGGGAGCUGCACGCCGUUUCUUCUGAGAGGAGUGAGGUUUUAAUGUAAAAGAUGAGUGCCUCACUGGAGAGGACUACAGACUGUCCGUUGCCGUCUCUUGGAGAGGACUUGAUCCGAGUCGAGGACAGCGAGAACCUGACAGGCUCAAAUGAGUUUUGCUGGGAGGACGGAGGUCUACCAGUGGAGCUUCAGAGAGGGAUGGAGACCCUACGAGUGAACAGAGAACUGACCGAUGUGGUGCUUUGUGUUCAGGGACAUGACUUCCCUUGCCACAGAACCAUACUUGCGGCUGCCAGUCAGUACUUCAGGGCAAUGUUUUGCAGUGGCCUGAAGGAGAGUUAUGAGGAGCGUGUGGAAAUAAAAGGCUUGGACAGUGGGACGAUGUGCUCCCUCCUGGAGUAUACCUACACCAGCCGAGCCCUCCUGACACACUCAAACGUCCAGAGGAUACUAGAGGCUGCAAGUCAAUUUCAGUUCUUGCGUGUGGUGGAAGCAUGUGCAGGCUUUCUGAGCAAGUCCCUGCACUUGGAGACUUGCAUUGGGAUCCUGAAUCUUGCAGAAAGCCACGCUCUGCAUGGCCUGAAGACCGGUGCUCAGGAUUACAUCACCUCUCAGUUCUCCCAGGUAGUCCAGCAGCAGGACUUCCUGGACCUGCCAGCAGAGUCGCUGGAGGCUGUCCUACAGAAGGACGACCUCGACGUCAAGUGUGAGGAGUGUGUUUUCGAGGCGCUCAUGCGCUGGGUGAGAGCCCGGCAGGAUGAACGCUAUCCUUUACUCGCCAGGUUGCUUUCACAUGUGCGACUGCCGUUGCUGGAGCCUGCAUACUUUGUAGAAAAAGUGGAGUCAGAUGAACUGAUUCGCCGCUGCAGUGAGGCCUUUCCUUUGUUGCAAGAAGCCCGCACCUAUCACCUCUCUGGCAGGGAGGUUGUCUCUGAACGAACCAAACCCCGCGUGCUGCACUUUGUGUCAGAGGUGUUCCUGAUAAUUGGAGGCUGCACUAAAGAUGAUCGCUUCGUUCCCACUGUCACGUGUUUGGACCCCCUCAGACGGAGCAGGCUGGAGGUUGCCAGGCUGCCAUUCACGGAUAUGGAGGAUGAAUCACACAACAGAAAAUGGGUGGAGUUCGCAUGCAUCACUUUCCGGAACGAAGUGUACAUAUCUGGAGGUAAAGAGACACAGCAUGACGUUUGGAAAUACAAUGGCGCUCUGGACAAGUGGAUCCAGGUCGAGUCCCUGACAACUGGACGCUGGAGACACAAGAUGGCAGUUCAUGAGGGGAAGGUGUACGCACUGGGUGGAUUCGAUGGAGUUCAGAGACUCUCUAGCGUAGAGGCUUAUGAUCCCUUUCACAAUCGCUGGACGCAGGUGACACCUCUUGCGGUAGGUGUGAGCUCCUUUGCUGCUGCAAGCUUCGACAGAUGGAUCUACGUGAUUGGUGGUGGGCCCAACGGAAAACUGGCAACUGAUCAGGUCCAGUGCUGGGAACCUGGGACAGACUGCUGGGAACUACGGGCGCCCAUUCCCAUCGAAACCAAAUGCACUAAUGCAGUCACGUUCAAGAACUGCAUCUAUAUAGUUGGUGGAGCCAUGCAUGCCAUGUACUGCUACUCACCUUUGUCAGACUCCUGGUCCCUUGUGACCCGUCUUGGAGAGAGGGCAAGCUGCGCCAUCGCUGCCUGUAACAACAAACUCUUCAUCACUGGGGGACGGGAUAACAAGAACCAAGUCAUCUCCACAGUCAUGUGCUGGGACGUCGGUCGAGGGGUUUUGACAGAGGAGUGCGUUUUACCGAUGGGAGUGUCGCACCACGGCAGUGUGACGCUGAUGAAGUCCUACACACACAUACACAGAGUAACGCCUGCUCCAGAGUGCCAGUGACACAGACUUCUGUGAACAGGACAUUAUUGUUGUUGAAAAAAGAAAAUAGUGAAGAAUGUGUUUUUAAAAAGUUUUCUUUGUGUGUAUACAUAUAUAUAUAUAUAUAUAUGUGUGUGUGUGUGUGUGUGUGUGUGUGUGUGUAUGUAUAUAUGUGUGUGUGUGUGUUUGCAUUAUUAUUGCAUUGUGUUCCUUUUAUGCCACUUUCAAGUACUAAGAGUCAAUUAAACUUUAAGCAACACAGUGUUAUAUUGCAGCAGCAACUGUUGACUUUAUAGUGAUGAAUGAAUUAGUUUUUUAAUACCAAGAAAUAUGUUGUUUUAUGGCUUUUAUAGUUAAAUAUUAGAUUAGAAAUUAGGAUUAAAUAAUAACAAUUAUUAAAAUGACACAAAUGUGCCGAGCAAUGAAACAUUGCUGAUAGAAUUAAAUAAAUAAUAUGCAUAUUAAUAACUAAAAAUAUACCCCAUCGUCACUAGGUGUGACUUUCAUGGAGGAACUAAACCAAAGCCCUAGAGCACCUGUUGUUGUUUUUACAUACAUGCACACACACAGACACCAACACACGCACACAAACCACUGUGCACGCCUUUAUGACGAACAAACAAGACACCACUGGCCCACUGUAUUUACUGACAGGAUAUCUUCUUGGUAUAUCCACUGGUGGGUAGUAACGAGUAAAAAUUUACUUUUUUUUUUAAAACAAGUACUUUUUAAAUUAUACUUUUUUUUAAAACUUUACUCCUGUUCUUUACUUGAGAACAUUUUGAGCCAGUAAUCUACUCUUUACCUAGCUACAUUUGUCUUUUAUGCCUUUAAAACUAAAUUAGAAAACUUAGCCUUGAUAAAAAAAAAAAAAAAAUUAAAAACAUCACAUGUCAUAAGUCAUAAUUAUGAGUUAAAAAAGUCAUAAUUGUGAGAUAAAUAAAGUGUUGGGCGUAUGGGGAAAAAAAUCCAUACGUAUAAGACUGCAUAAUUAUGAAUUUUGAGUGAGUGAAAUUUGUCCACCGAAACUGGGAAACAUGCCAUCAUGGAAGAAACAAACAAACCCAGUCAGGACACACCUGUACGUGACGAUUCCCCUGCAUGCUGCUCUGCUCUAACUGCCAGAAAUCGUCUCAGCUAAAAAUAUUUCACAGUAAAAGCCAAACGUUAACACGUUAACGAGGAGAGUCCAACAACAGGAACGUUAGUGGGCCUUUAUUUUGAAAGGGGUGCACCACGGUGUCCUGCUAUAACCUGUUACCUGAAACGAGAAUGAGGUAUGUUGUCCAUCGAAUGAUCUUGGAAAAGAUAGUACAAGACCUUGAUAUCGCCACUGUUUGUCUUAUGUGCAGUGAUUUAAUUCAUUCCUGUGAAGAAAACUAAGUUUAGAUUAUUAUUUAAAGAUAUAAAAAAUAAAAAGGAAAACUCACAGUGAAGACCUGAACACAAGUUAUAUAUGCGGAAAAUCCACUCACACAAUACAUAUGGACGAUAUACAAUAUAUUAAAAGUAACUAAAACAUCAGGAACUCUCUGUUUAUUGUACAGGUUAUCUGCUGUUCUGUACUGUUCACAUGCUUGAAUACAAUGUGAAAUAUCCAUAAUAUAUCAUGUCACUUAGUCAGGGGUCAUCAGAUUAUAAAGAACAUUUGGGAAUCACUCGUUUGUUUGAAUAGCUGCUCUACUUUAUUGUAAAUAAAUACAUG